AUGAUGAUGAUGAACUCUACUCAGGUUUCAUAUUUCACACUAACCGCCUACUUUCACACCGGGAUGUUUAAAUAUCUCUAUUUCAUUAUUAUCAUGUGUUUAUAUGUGUUGAUCAUUAGUGCCAAUGUGUUGCUGGUGGUGGUUAUCUGUAGUAACAGAAGCUUACAUGAACCUAUGUACCUUUUCCUGUGCAGCCUGUUUGUAAAUGAACUGUAUGGUAGUACAGGGUUGUUUCCAUUCCUUCUGGUUCAGAUCCUCUCUGACGUUCACACUGUUGCUGCUCCACUCUGUUUCCUGCAGAUCUUCAUCGUGUAUUCUUAUGUUUGUGUGGAAUUAUUGAACUUAGCCGCCAUGUCUUAUGACCGAUAUCUGGCUAUCUGUUAUCCUCUACAGUAUAACACACGGAUGCCAUUUAAUAAGAUUGCUUUUCUUAUUGCUCUAGCAUGGUUUUAUGCUUCUGUUGCAUGUUUUGUUCCAAUAACUCUGAGUGUCCAUUUACAGCUGUGUGGGAACGUCAUUAACAAAGUCUACUGUGAUAACUACUCCAUCGUUAAACUGGCAUGCUCUAACACUACCGUCAAUAAUAUUUAUGGACUUAUUGGUACUUUUGCUGUAAUCAUAUGUCCUCUAUCUCUGAUCCUUUACACCUACAUGAGGAUCCUCAGAGUGUGUUUCUCUGGCUGUAAACAGACCAGACAGAAAGCUGUCAGUACCUGCACACCUCACCUCGCCUCUCUGCUCAACUUCUCCUUCGGGGCUUUCUUUGAAAUAAUACAGAGCAGAUUUAAUAUGAAUGGUUUACCGUUUAUGAUCCGUAUAGUUUUAUCUCUAUACUUUCUAACAUGCCAGCCGCUCUUUACCCCUUUAUUAUACGGCCUGAACAUGUCCAACAUCCGUGUCAUAUGUAAAAAGCAAUUUUUUUCUAAAAUAUAG